AGGAAUUACUAAAUCCAUCUUACAAUAACACAAAAAAGGCCUAAACUAAACGCUAACCAAUAAAAUAUAAUCUCUAAACAAUAGUUAUUGAGAUAAACUUUAUCAAUAGGUACAAUAUAAUCAUUGUGAUUUCUCCUUCCCAACAGACGAAUACACACAACAAGGCUAGAAGCGGCGGCCGGCAGACGUCUUGAAAAAACAGUGCUCAAAUACAAAAAAAAAACAGUGAUAAAAAUGGUGGUCAAAAUAGCAACUCAAGUGGCAAACAGUGCAAAAAAGGAAGACAGUUUAGCGAAUUUAUUGGGGGAUUUCGGAAAAUGGCAGCUUAUAGUUUUCGCUUCAGUGUCUCUAGUGAAACUGAGUUCAGGAUGGGUACAGAUGGCAAUAUUAUUCCUGACCCCAAACCUUACAUUCCGAUGUGCGGAUUUGGCAAAUUACACCGAGGAGAUAAUGAACAAUACUUGUUAUAAAGGAUGUGGUAAAUAUGAAUAUGACACAAGUCCCUUUGACAACACUAUUGUAUCUGAAUGGGACCUCAUCUGUGAGCGGCGAUGGCUCGCCAGCUUCAACCAGACGGUGUUACAAGUCGGUAUCCUGAUUGGCAGUACCAUAUUUGGAUUUUUGUCUGACCGGUAUGGCCGCAAAAAAUCAUUCUUGGUGGCGAUAUCCACCCUGAUCAUCUUCGGUCUAGCGAUGCCAUUCUCGCCAAACUACCUGGUGUUCACGAUACUGCGGUUCCUGACGGGUCUGGCGACGUCUGGCACCAUGGUGGUGUCUUUUGUGAUGGUCAUGGAAGCGGUGGGCCCAAGGUACAGAGAGGUCACUGGGUGCUUGUUCCAGAUACCUUUUAUUAUUGGUCACAUGACGAUACCACUCUUCGCGUACUACUUCAGGAGUUGGAACACCUAUCUGCUGGCGCUGGGGAUCCCUCCCCUGAUCUACUUGGGCUACUUUUUCGUGCUGCACGAGUCUCCACGGUGGCUGGUCAGCGUUGGGAGAGUCAAGGAAGCCACUGACAUUGUCACCAGGGCUUGUAUCUUAAAUGACAGACCAACAGCAAAAGUCGAGGAAACUCUCACACAAAUGUCGAAGGAGAUUGCUGCUAAAGCUGACGAACCCAAGCCUAAUUACCUGGACCUGUUCAAGAAGUUCCUGCUGUUGAAGACAGUCUGUUGCUGCAUCAUGUGGGUGAUUACCGGCAUCAUCUUCUUUGGCUUCAACCAGUACAUCAGUCAAACCAGCCCGGAUCCGUUCAUCAGUGUUGCUCUGGCUGGUGCUAUACAGGUCCCCUCCAACCUACUCUCAAUAUGGCUCAUCAAGAAGUUCGGCCGAAGACUGACCGCCUCUAUCUCCUUCAUCAUGCAAGGAGUCUUCAUCUUGAUCCUUUACUUCGUGCCCAAGAUCUUCGCUGUGACCCUCAUCAUUGGCACUUUGGGAGUCAGCUGUUCUGCCAUCGCUGCUUCUACCAUCUACAUUUAUACUUCGGAGCUUUACCCAACUGUGCUCAGGAAUAUGGGGAUGGGAGCUUGUUCCACUGCAAUGAGGAUAGGUUCCAUGGCUGCUCCCUUCAUCUCCAACACAUCGACAACUAUACCUUGGUUACCUACGGCCAUUUUUGGAACAACGCCCGUAUUAGCUGGCCUGGUGGCUCUCUUGCUGCCAGAGACUAAAGGCAGGAGUCUACCUGAUAGUAUUGAGGAUGUACGGACGACUGAUUCUGACUGAUACUGAACGAUGAAUCAGUUAUUAAAGAAGAAUCCUAAUGUGGUCGUAAUUUUUUCAUGGUGGUGCUACCUUCCCAAAUCAGUGAGGGCAUUAUUAUCCUGGCUGUUAUUGUAGAAAACAAACUCAAAAAUAUAGGCACAUGACAGGCUUAGCACCACUUGACACUGGUUCAAGAUGUAUUUAGAGUUCACUAUUAGAGUGUUAUGAAGUAUGUGUGUGUGUGUGUGUGUGUCCACAUACAAGGAUGAAUUUCUCAUAACAUUAUGGAGAUCAUCUUUCUUUGAAAAAAAAUACCUGAAAAUAUUGAAACAAACAGUAUUCAAAAUACACUCGUUUUGUUGGUAGCGCCUAAGUGAAAAAUUCAAUUUGUGAUACAAUAAACAAAUGUGAUAUUUUAAAGUUUUAGCAACAACAUUAAAUAUUACCGUUUUUAUGAUUCCACGUUUAAAUGUGUAGAGAUUUUAACCGACUAACGUACGAAACUGAAAGGCAACUUUAAGUCGCGCUUAAGUGUCACGGAGAACCUAACGGGUUACCGGGGCUCCGGCUCGACGUGCAGAAGA